AUGGGAAGCGGGUUUGGACUUGCCAUUGAAGCCCCUGCGACCACGACACGAUACCGUACUAUAUAUGACUAUAAAAAAAUAAAAAGCCCAAAGGCCACUGAAAUCGGGUUUCCAACUGUACGCGGUAGUGGCUACGAACCUGGAAUUGAACAGCAAUGCGAUAAGAUUCCAGAGCCAAGGGAGAAACGUAUCUUCAUAGUCAUUGUGCAUAUCGAUCAUUAUAGCCUCUUGCCUCCUACCGAGCUGGUUGUUGAUGAAAGUCUGUCAAAGCGCACCUACAUCCGAGAAAAGAAAAGAAAUGUGGAGGCAGAAAUGAGAGCAAGCCGAUAA